GACUGUCGCGGUCAAUGGGUUAGCGGGCGAAUUGUGCAGAGUCAAGGUGGAGAAGCACUGGAGUUUGAGGCAGGUCAAGAAUUCUAUCCAAGAGGCCACCGAAAUACCGGUGAUGUGCCAGCAGCUGCUUUUGCAGAGGCAAGUUCUGGCAGAUGAUGAGCUUUGCGUGGGUAGUUUGGGCUUAUCCAACUUAGAGCUCAACCUGCUGCAGCGGAGCCCUAUGCAGGCAAAAUUGCUGCAAUCAUUGCGAAAUGCGCGCCCACAGCGUGCGGGGCUGCUGAUUGGCGCAGCUCAAGACAGAGAUAUUGCCCUGGACAAGGAGAUCGUCCUUGCAGCUGUGCAAAACGACCCAGACUGCUUGGACGAUCUGGAGCAAAUUUGGCAGGGCGAUCGCGAUGUCGUGGCAGCUGCUGUUCAGCAGACCGGGUCAGCAUUGCAGUUUGCCACAGCAGAGAUGAAACACGAUCGCGAGCUGGUCAAGAAGGCAGUGCAGCAGGAUGGGGACGCUUUGCAGUAUGCAAGCGAAGCAUUGCGUGAAGACAAAGAGGUGGUAUUGCUGGCGGUCGAAAGGAGCUCACUGGCUUUUCAGCAUGCGGCCAACGGCCCCAGAGAUGACAAAGAAACCGUGAUGAAAGUCGUCGAGAUGAAUGGGGAGCUCCUGAAAUUUGCAUCGCAGCGACUACAAGCUGACGUUGACGUUGUGACGCGGGCUAUUGAGCAAUCUGCAGAUGCGCUGCAGUACGCAACUACAGCUCUUCGAAGCGAUCCAAGCGUUGUCAUGCUUGCAGUGAUGCAGCACCCCAAUGCCUAUCUUCUUGCCAUGGGCGCUGCUUGCGCUAACAAGGAACUGGCGCUGGAAGCCUUGGGGAGCCAUGGCCAGCUUCUUCAACAUGUCUCCGAGCCUUUGAGAUCAAACAAGGAGCUGGUCCUGGCAGCCGUUAGCAAUGAAGGAAAAGCGCUGCAACAUGCCCCGCCACGGCUCCGCAUUGACAGGGAGGUUGUCUUGGCAGCUGUUCGUGCGGAUUGCGAGGCCCUGGAGUAUGUGGGCGCAGAGCUGAAGGUUGGAUCUGACAAAGACAUCAUGAUGGAAGCUGUCAUGCAGAACGGCGGCAUGCUGAUGUAUGCUUCCGCUUCCUUAAGGGCCGACAGAGAGCUUGUGGAGGCAGCCCUGCUCCGCAGCGGUGCGAAGAUCUUAUGCCACGCCUCGGAUGACCUGCAAGCAGAGCUGGCACCUUCGAAAGAAAUUCAGAGUGGAAAAAAUGUGGUGGCGGAUACUUGGCAGCGCCAAGUCACGCAUGUCGAAGGUUCCUGGAAGAGUCCGUUGGUCAGUUCUUUGCCGAUUAGCCGAUUGGCCGACCUCAAGCAAGAGGAGAUCGCCAAAUUCGUGCCAAUCAAGAAGGACACCAUCUCUAGCUUCACACAUGAAUCAGCUGUUACGAAGAUAUAUCACUGGGUUAUGGCGUAUCUGGAGAGCAAGGGAUAUUUGACUUACACCCGGGUGAAUGCUCGCAUCUUGGCCUGCGAGCUGCUGAAAGAGUGGGCCUGGGAGCACCGACACUAUGGUGAUCGCGAGAUGGACCUCUAUGUCGUGUGUCGGUACAAGGAGUUUGUGGCGCACCUUUUGUAUUUCCAUGACAGAUGGGCGGAAAGUGAGCAUGGUGCCACCCGGACCAAAAUUCUGGGAGAACCGCGGGGGCUAAUCCGAAGCAAGCGGAAGGAGACGUUUGUGACCGUGCUUGUGCGUAUUCAUGACUGCCUGGGCAAGUUGCAGCACAUCUUGGAGAAGGCUGAGACAUCCGAGUCCCACUGCAGCGUAUUUUUGGGACAGCUCAAUGAGCUCUUUCAGCAUUUGCUAGACCAGGCAGCUGGAAUAUGCUUUCUCGGCCCCAUGGAGCAUCAUGAGGAAAUUGUUGGCGCACAUGCAGAGUUUGGCAUCGAAUUCCUCGAACGACACAGACUGAAUAUCAAAGGCCAUAGUGGUGAGGUUUUCUGGAGUACCGACUGGGGCCGCUUACUGGAUGCGGCUUUGCGACAGGGCGAUCCGGAUCGGUUCCUGCCAUUGGGUAGCUGGCUCAUUUUCUACCAGGAGAAAGCCAGCCUGUGCAAGAUGUGCAGGUACUAUUCGCAGCUGGCAGCAGAGAACCGUCUGCGUUCAAUUCCGAAAGCCGCCAUUCUGCUGGGGCCUGGGCCUGAGUACAAGAGGACGAUCAACAGGAAAGAUCUAGCGAGCCAAGCUCAACCUCUUCUGGAGGCCAUUGAUGCGCACUUGUUGGCCAUCGGUGCCAAGCCGCCAGAGAAGAAUGUGCUGGUACAAAACUUGCCAACAGUGGACGAUUUCGCGGCUGAUGCAGCUGACGGCAACCUGUGGGACUUUCUUGGGGAGCCUGCUGCCGAGGAGCCACUCUCAGGGCAAGCGCUUGCCGCGCAAGCUGGUCGCCCUCGUGGCCACUCCGACUCCAGCAAGUCUACAGCGGACCUGUCUUCAAGGCGCCGAGCGCAAUCCGCGGAGACGUCUUCCUUCUCAGCUGAGAGCUUCAUUGGAGAGGAUUCGUCCAACGUGACGGCUUUGGGUCCAGAGAUAGAACUAGUGCGGGCGAAAUGGACGGCUCGGAACUGGUCACGAAGUGGCCUGGCUUCCGUUUUUCUCUUGGACACAGCGGUAAUGAGUGGACCACCCGUACCGGGCUCCGACGCUCUCACUGCUAUCAUUCUGCAGAUGGCGGAAGACCUGGCCUGCCUCUUAGAUGUUCGAAGGACGAUCCUGGUCCCACUGGAAGGUGUUUGCAUGCAACUUGGAACUCUUCGCUCGCGUCGAGUUCUUCAUUCAGCCCUCGCAAGAUUGAUGCUACAUGUUGAUCACUUUGUUGAGAGUGUCAUGCAAUUCCACCAAAUCUUUGAAGGAAGAUUAUUCGAACAGUUGAGGAACCAGGAGUCCCGGCCAACAAGCGCCUUUGCCCAGCGGCCAGAUAUGCAAAGGAGCUACCGUCGCUACUACCAGCGAGCACUGGCGCUUCGACGGGAGAUUGCUAAAAAGGUGCAGCUGCUGUCAGAUGCAAUGCCGCUGCAGUCCAGCGAGGACGAGCAGUGCAGCAUUGAUAAGCUCAAAAGCUCCAUGACAGCCCUAGCCAAUGCGCUCAGCGUUGGGCCAAAUCCACUCAUCCCGGCGCUGUCAGACGUUCGACCUGUGGCAGCUAUCACAGACGGGCCCUCCAGAAACCCUGGCGGCUAUGAAGACCACAAGCCGAACCAGAACUUCACGCCGCCUUCCCGAAGCAAGGCUCCCAACCUGAAACGGCAAACCAUCCACGCGAUGACAAGCCCAGUUCUCCUAGUCGACUGA